AGCUGUCAGUUAUUUGACAUCUAUCAUAACCUAGGUUUAUAUUCAACAACGUGUUUUUGUGAUUUGUGGGUGAAGAUCCCGGAUUUUACAAAAUAAAAAAUCCAGUGAGACAAAAUGGAAUACAUCCAACAAACGGCACAAUUGCAAGAUGCAAAGCGAAUAUUAUGUUGUGAAUGUGGAAUUGUCAUUGAGCCCAAUCCAUCAAACAUGUGCGUUGGUUGUCUUCGCUCGCAGGUGGAUAUCACCGAAGGCAUUCCGAAACAAGCCACACUUCAUUUCUGCCGCGGAUGCGAGCGCUACCUGCAGCCUCCAAAUGAAUGGAUUCAAGCAGCAUUGGAAUCACGCGAAUUGCUUUCGCUCUGCUUGAAAAAACUGAAAGGUUUGAGCAGAGUUAAAUUAGUAGAUGCCUCAUUUGUUUGGACUGAACCUCAUUCCAAGAGGCUUAAAGUCAAGUUGACAGUGCAGGGUGAAGUGGUUGGUGGAGCAGUGCUUCAGCAAAUAUUCAUUGUUGAAUAUGUGGUUGCACAUCAGAUGUGUGAUGAGUGCCAUAGAACUGAGGCACAGGAUUAUUGGCGUGCUAUGGUUCAAGUCAGACAAAAAGCUAUUAACAAGAAGACAUUCUUUUAUCUUGAGCAACUUAUCCUGAAACAUAAGGCUCAUGAAAACACUCUAGGAAUUAAACCAAUUCAUGAGGGUUUGGAUUUUUUCUAUGUGUCUGAAUCGCAUGCGCGUAAAAUGGUGGAUUUCGUUUGCGCAGUUUUGCCGUGCAAGUAUCAGCACUCCAAGAAGUUAAUUUCGCAUGAUAUCCACAGCAAUACUUACAACUACAAGUUUACAUAUUCUAUUGAAAUUGUACCCAUUUCUAAAGACAGUGUUGUAUGUUUGCCCAAAAAAUUGAGCAAUCAACUUGGUGGAAUUGCACAAUUGUGUUUGGUUAACAGGGUAACCAAUGCUAUUCACUUGAUUGAUCCAUUAUCUGGUCAAAUGGCCGAAAUAAACAGUACUCUAUUUUGGCGCUAUCCAUUCUCCAGCGUUUGCAACCCAAAACAAUUGGUAGAAUACAUUGUGAUGAACCUAGAAAUUCUUAUGGAUAAGGACAGAAAGACUUUCCCCGGCCAAGGCGCAGUGUCUAUGAAGCAUGUCAUCGCAGAUGUGUGGGUCGUUAAAGCUUCAGAACUGGGCUUGAACGAUAACCUGAUACACACGCGCACUCACCUGGGGCAUCUCCUCAAGGUGGGCGAUUCCGCGUUGGGCUACAACUUAUGCGACAGCAAUGUGAACGACUCUAACUACGAAAAGUUAGAUAGCAGUCGGGUUGCCGACGUUGUUCUGGUGAAGAAAUUCUAUCCGGAGAGGGAUAACGCCAGGAGGAAACGUGCUUGGAAGUUGAAGCAUUUGGCCGAGGAGACGACAGCGCUCAAUAUGGAAACUAAUGAUUAUCAUGAGUUCUUGGAUGAUUUGGAGGAAGAUCCAGCUAUGCGACAGAACGUGAAUAUUUUCAAGGACGCUAGCAAGAUGAUUCCAGUUGACACGGAUGAUGAGUGCGAUCCGUCCAUGCCGCGGAUUACGUUAGAGGAAAUGUUGGAUGACUUGGUGAUCGAUGAUGUCGAUAUGGCUGAAGUUAUUGAAUAACAUAUUCAAGUCAUGAGCGGAAGCAAAUAAAAAUUCAUUUUGUUGGGUUUGUAA